AAAAUUCUUGCGUGUGAUGAACAGCUCAGUCAAAAGGAAAGAUCGCCACUAUGAAAUAAGACUUCCUUUCCGUCAAGAUAACAUCAGCCUGCCAAACAACAGGAAGGUGGUGGAACAAAGAGCACUAAGCCUUGCCCGCAGAUUCCAGAAAGAUGAAGCCUUUCGGAAAGACUAUAAUGGCUUCAUGAGUGAUGUCUUGAGUAAAGGGCAUGCAAAAAGAGUGCCAGAGGAAGAAAUCCCCCGGAAAGAUGGAAAACUGUGGUACAUUCCUCACCAUGGUGUCUACCACAAAAGAAAAAAAACAAUCCGGGUGGUGUUCGAUUGUACAUCUUCAUUUCAAGGAACUUCCCUGAACUCUGAGUUGCUGCAGGGUCCUGACCUUACGAACACCUUGUUGGGUGUACUCCUCAGAUUCCGACAGGAACCAGUAGCAGUGAUGGGGGACAUCGAAGGAAUGUUCCAUCAAGUAAAAGUACCUAAACAGGAUGUGGACUUCCUCAGAUUCCUGUGGUGGUCAGACGGCGACACCAACCAACCGCUAGCAGAGUACCGGAUGACGGUGCAUCUCUUUGGAGCAGUCUCAUCCCCAAGCUGUGCCAAUUUUGCACUGAAACAGACAGCUGAUGAUAAUGAAGGAAAAUGUACCACUGAAGUUCUCAACACCAUUCGACACAACUUUUAUGUAGACGACUGUCUGAAAUCUGUCCCAAAUGAGAGCCAAGCAAUCUGUCUGGUAAAAGAGCUCAAAUCAGUUUGCGCCACAGGUGGAUUUAAGCUCACUAAAUGGAUCAGUAACAGUCGUGCAGUCCUUGCCUCGGUUCCAGCUGAAGAGAGAGCAAAAGAGGUCAAAGAUCUAGACCUCGAAAGAUGA